AUGGCGUCCGACGAAAUCGUGUGGCAGAUCAUUAACCAGCAAUUCUGCUCCUUCAAGCUCAAACUGCCCGGCAACGACAGACAUCAGAAGUCCUCCAAGAGCACCUUCUGCCGCAACGAACACAACGUCACAGGCCUCUGUAAUCGACAAUCAUGUCCUCUCGCAAAUUCUCGCUAUGCUACCAUACGCGCCGACCCGACGAAUCAGCGUCUAUACCUGUACAUCAAAACCGUCGAAAGAGCGCACAUGCCGAACAAAUGGUGGGAAAAGAUACGGCUGAGCAGUAAUUACACGAAAGCGCUACAGCAGGUGGAUGAGAGGUUGAUCUACUGGCCGAAGUUUCUGUUACAUAAGUGCAAGCAAAGACUUACGCGAUUGACGCAAGUCAGGGUACGAGCGCAGAAGUUGGCAAAGGAGGAGGAGAGACUGGGCGAGCGGACGGUGAGCAAACUUGCGCCGAAAGUCAGAAGGCGAGAAGAGACCAGAGAGCGAAAAGCAGAGUCUGCAGCAAAGAUUGAGAGGGCGAUUGAGCGGGAGCUGGUGGAGAGAUUACGCAGCGGCGCGUAUGGAGAUCGGCCGCUGAAUGUUCAGGAGGAUGUGUGGAAGAAGGUCAUGCGUGGAUUGGAACGUAGUCAGGAAGGUGUACGGGACGAGGAUUUGGAUGCGGGUAUUGAAGAGGAAGAAGAGGAGUAUGAGAAGGAAUAUGAGCGAGAGCCUGAGGAGCAGGACGUCGAGUACGUGAGCGAUAUGGAAGAAUCAGACGACGAAGAUGACAUGGAGGACUUCGACGACUGGCUAGGUGGAGAGAGCGCGGAGGAAGAAGAGGCAGGUGCUAGCGGGAGCGGCGAAGAUGAGGAAGACGAUGAGAGCGGCGAGGAAGGUGAAGACGCAGCAGCUCUCAAGAAGAAACUGGAUGGCCUGAAGCGGAAACGAUCGAGUGCACCACCGUCCAAGCCCCGCAAGAAGCCUUCCAAGGGACCCAAGACAAACAUCGAAUACGAAUAUGUGCAAGAGCCUGCUCAGCGCGAGAUGGCAUUGGCAAAAUGA